UGCCUCCUCCUUCUUCCAGCCAACCACACCCCUUUUUCUUCCCCACUUUUUGUACUCAUUGUUCUCUUCCACUCCCUUGGUUUUGGCUACGCCCCUUCUCACUUUACACUACACUCUUCCCUCCUCUCUCUCCUUACCCCUCUCCCCCCCUCGACCUCCCCAAGGAAAGGAGGUCCAGAGGUUGUGGGGGAUAACUAGUAAAGGGGUGAAGGCGCGAGCCUUCUCAUCUUCUCGGCGAGGUGACUGUUAACAGAAAAGUGUCGGUCGGUCGGCUGGCACUAAACUUUCAAGAGGCAGCACCGUGGUGGUGGUGGUGCAAUCAUGUCGGAUCUGGGCUCUGAGGAAUUAGAGGAAGAAAGGGAGAAUUAUCUUGGGGAAUAUGAAGGAGAUCGCAAUGAGGCAGGUGAACGACAUGGAAAAGGGAAAGCAAUGUUGCCCAAUGGGGAUGUAUAUGAUGGACUAUAUGAAUUUGGUAAAAGACAUGGUCAGGGAACCUAUAGAUUUAAGAGUGGUGCUCGAUACAUUGGAGAAUAUCAACAAAAUAAAAAACAUGGUCAAGGCUUGUUUAUCUAUCCAGAUGGAUCAAAAUAUGAAGGAAACUGGGUGGAUGAUCAAAGGCAUGGCCAAGGAGUUUAUUACUACCCAAAUAAUGAUACAUAUACUGGAGAAUGGUUUGCUCACCAAAGGCAAGGGCAAGGCACAUAUGUCUAUGCCGAGACUGGCACUAAAUAUGUUGGUUCUUGGUUAAAUGGACAACAGGAGGGAGCAGGAGAAUUCAUUCAUCUCAACCACAGAUAUCAGGGCAAGUUCGUAAAUAAAAUUCCACUAGGCCCUGGAAAGUAUAUUUUUGAUAUUGGAUGUGAACAGCAUGGUGAAUAUAAACUUACAGAUAUGGAAAGAGUAGAAGAGGAAGAAGAAGAGGAAGCUUCAACUGCUGUUCCAAAAUGGAAAGCUAUUAGUAUUACCCCAUUAGAACUCUGGAAGCCAACUCCUAUUGAAGAACCCCCACAAACUGAAGUUCCACCAUUACCAGAAGAGGCACAUACUUUGUCAGAAGUAGGUGAAACAGCUGAAGAUAUGCAACCUCUUACUGAUUAUUCGGAAACAGAUGACCUUGAAACACUAAUAAAACAAGGAGAAGAAAUUGAAGAAACAAGGGAUGAAAGCAGAGAAGAAAUAAUAAAUGAGGAGGAAGAAGAGGAAGGAAGAUGAUCAGCAUCACUAGAUUAAAAUAGCAGACCAACAGAAAAAGAAAGCAUAUAUUGGACCUAUAUAACAAUUGCAUUUUAUCUAGUUUGUAAAAUUGGUUUAAAUAGUCUAAUAAACAGUUUACU